CCGUAACCGCGGCAGGUGGGCCGUAAGGACAGGGCUGUCCCUUAUGGUGACAAAUAUUGGACAACUUACAUUAAUGAACUGAUUACCAGGCGGGAGACGCAUGCACAAAAUAUUAUAAUCGAAAAUGGGGAAAUCAAAGCAAUCUGAAAAUCUCAGGCCGUCUAUUCCUACCAAAGACGAGGUUAUGGCUGAUAUUGCAAGAGCUUCGAAUGAUGACCCAGUUUUCACAUCGGCUACAGUCAUCCGAAGUGAUUCAGAUUCUUACAUAUCGAACGGAAAUAAUACAUCAGAGACUGUUACAAAUUCCGAUGAAGUUGGAAACAAUUUUACCAAGGUCUGCGAGCUGUUAGAUAUGCUGUCAUCUAUGCGUGAUGGGAAAGAUCAACUAGAAAACAUUUGUCAUCAGUUGCUCAAUUCAAAAGAGGAUGUUUCUGCUGUUGCAUUGCAAUUAAAAACAAGACUUGAUAAACAAAGAUUAGUAGCUGGUAGAACAUUGGAAAAGUGAAUGCCAAUUAAUGUUGAAGUCAACUGUUAUUAAUUGGCUUUGUAAAAAUAUGAGAGAAGAUCAGUUUAUUGCUUCAGAAUUCGAACAAAUGAACUUGAGCUCCACUCCACAUAUUUUUUUUCAUACUUUUCGCGAGUGGUACACUGUGGUAUGUGCAAUAGAAAAAUAAAAUCAUUUUUGAGAAGAUAA